UCCUAACCAACAAAUUCUUGAAUUAAAAGGAACAAAUUUCUUAUUAAAAAUCGAAACUUUACCGCAACCAAAACAUGCGAGAGUUUUCUUUAUAGAUAAAGAUACCGAAGAAGAAUGUGAAGUUCCGGAGGAAAUUAAAU